CGUGUGUGGCUUCGGUGACGGAAGACAAGAGUUGAAGAUUCUUUUUCACUAAAAAUCUGUCAUUCGCAGUCGUGAUUUCAGUUAGUCUGGAAAUUCGCACAAGCGACACGAUCCAUCAUAAAAAAAAAAGAAAAAAAAAACACAAACAGAGAAUGAAGACUACCCAAAUUGCAAGAUACGCCAUUCGAUUGAAUUACGGACAGGUCAAUGAAAUUGCAAAUCCAAAGUCCACCGAUCGCAACACAGUCAGAUCGGCCGCACUGCUGGCUGUACUCGGAAUCGGUUUAUCAUCGUUCAGUAUGAAACAGAUGCUAACCCAGCAAACCAAGAGAAAGUUCUAAAUCUGACAUGAAAUGUGCUCGGUCGCAUCCAUGGUAAAAAGAAAAUCCAUAUCCGAUAUGCCAUGUCGCACCUGAGUUUACGAUAGAGACUGUGGAGUUUGGUGGUAUUUUCGUAUGCGUAACAUAGUUCGUUAUCCGUAUUGCAUCAUGUGCAAUUGGGUUUCGAAUUACAGUAUAGAGAUUAGCUGCUUUAUCAUGUUCGGUUGGUUUCAAUAGAAACUGUCAGAGCGGUUGUUGUUGCGCCGUGUUGAUAAAUGUAUUUGUCCUAGCAUUAAUAGAAAUAUUUUUUAAUUGAUUUAUUUCUUAAGAUUUGAGUGAUGGGCCAAAUUUACGGAUUUGCCGUUGAUAGAAUGCGGAUAUUAUGAGUGACACAAAUUUAUUUAAAUUUAGUUGAACAUAUUACAAAUUUCAACCUGAACCUGCGAUCUCAACAAGAUAUAAUGCAUGUAACAAAAUGGUCUUUAGUUUAGUUUAUAUCUUAUGCUCUGCCGUAUCCUAAUCUAGUAUUUAUUGAAUGCAUUAUAUGAAACAAACCAAUAGCCAGAUCGAUUGUUUCAUGCUGAUGUUAGUUGAGAUUUUUUAAGGUUGAAUCAAAAUUUUCCAAAGAAGAUUGGCAAAUUAACUAAAAUAGCUGUAUAUGAUACAGAGUACAGAUGGACUUGACACAAUGCAAUGCAAAAAGAUAACAGAAAUUCGUAUUUAAAUAAAAAUCAUGAAUGAACGCUGUUUGUCACUUGA